CUUUUCUCCGCACAGCUUGCACACACCUUGGGAUCGUGUGGAUGUGAUUUGCCCAGAAGGGUUGGCGUACGACUGCCAAACAACGCUUGCAUGCUGUGACAUACCAAGCGGCCGGAGUUUCCCCCUGAUGGGCAAUUAGAACAACCGAUCAAGACGCAUGCUCCACUCUAGUAUUAAUGGAAACCACUGUAACGACCAGAGUCCGAGGUGAGUGUCGACUACUGUUGUCCUCCCUUAACCGUGGUCCGCGCCGUUCCGUCCAAAAAGUCCUCUCUUCUCCUGAGGAAAGGCUCUAGCUCCAGCCCUUGGCCCUGACAAAGGCGGCGCUGAGGGUGUGAGGAAAGUGAUGUAAGUGCAGUCAUAAUUGGAUCGCCGGCUGAUAUAUAGCAAAUGGCCCUGCCGGGGCUCUGAUGACUGAGUUUCCCGAUCGCUUUCGAACUCUGCUUCCCCAUGGUCUUGUCAGCCCUUCAUCGUUUACUCCCCACCCUCAGAGCCCGGCGCUAUCAGGCGCGCAUCAAACUCAGCAUGGGCUUCUACUUGCACGACCAGUUCCUCGGCGUUUUGAUAUUCUUUAGUGCACUUUGCACAACCACCGUCGGACUCCGUGUGUUUGUUAGAACCAGGCUCACAAAAGGAGCGUUCGGGUGGGAUGAUGUUUCCCUCGUCAUUUCAUACGUACUGAUGAUAGUACUUGCGGCCCUCUGCAUACUAUCUAUGGAAAGUCAGGUGGACUCAUCCGAGGAUAAGCCGUGGCUCAAUGAUCCUGCAACUACGAGGUACGACUUUGUGAAAAACGUCGUCUGCUUCGUGAUAUCCGGAGUGGUCAAGAUAAGCGUCGCAUUGGUACUAUUUCGUCUGGACAGCCGUCCGGCGGUUCGAACAAUCAUCAUCAUAGACAUUGUCACAUGCGUUCUAUGGAAUCUGGCCACAACUUUGGUGAUCUCGCUCGGCUGUAUGAGGCUCAGCCCAUAUGCAAUCAGCAUGACAGUGUGCGCAAAUACCUUCUACGCACAGGAUUCGUCCUAUGUCAUUUACGACGUCUUCCAUGUUCUAUUGCCUAUUUACAUUCUAUGGAAUGUGCAAAUAUCAAAGGCUCUCAAAGUGAGCGUGGUCGGACUGUUCAGUGUCGGACUCCUUGCUGCCGUGGCGGCGAUCAUGAAGCUUCAGAUUCAUUACGAAACAUUCCACCCACGAAGCAACGACGACCUCACCAUAUGGUAUUUGACCAUGUUAUGGGCCUUUACAGAGCACGGGCUAUCGAUAUUUGCUAGCUCCGUGCUUGCACUGAGACCUCUUGCAAGGAUGGUGUCAAGAGGAUGGCAAUCAAUCUCGAGCAGCUUCUACGGCGGCGGCAGCAAGGGCGCCAAGUCCUCCGGCCAGGGUACCGGUACCUCGAGUCGAGUCUCGAAAAGGACGAACUGGUCGGCACCGACAGAGUCAAACGAGCUGGGCACUAUUGGUGUGCGAAAUGAAGUCUCCGUCCACAGCGAAUACACUGCUGAAGGCCAUGCGCAGGAACCAUUGUACCUUGCCGAAGCAUAUAAUGGUAGUUCAGAAAGCCACAAGAGAUUGGUCGAAGCGAAAGCACAAGAUAUGGGGGUUCCGGCUUGAGGCAUGGAGAAUUGUAAGAGCAGUGAAGAUACCUGGUCUGUGCUGUCUUGCUUGCAUGUCGGCAUUCUCGUUAGGUCUCAUCGAGGACAAUCUAUCACUACUUAAGAGUCACUACAGAUUUUGUCGCGUACUGGUCCCCGAAUUUCCUUCAUCACUAAUUCACGGUCUCUAGCAGAUUUCUGUGUCUGUUCGCAUAUUCUCGGAGCUUGUGAUGCCUCGAGGUCCAAUUGCAACACAGUAAAACUGGCGAGGAAGUCUACAAAC